UUGACUUCACUUCCGCAAACAAAUACCGAGCUAACGUCCAAUCAAACUGGACCUCCGUUUUAAAUGUGAACUGAUAGUUCCUUCUGUUGGCUAAACAACACCAACACUAAAUGUGUGUCCAGCGUUUGGAUUGAGGAUUUUAAAACACUCGUUUUUAGUUAAUUGGCUGUUUUUGAACUCCAUCUGCCUUCUGGCGUCUGUUGUUUCAUGGGAACUCAGGAGGGAGAAAGAAAUUGGGUUGAUGUGGCUAGAGGUCUACUCAGCAAGUGUCACAUAAACCUGAGUGUGAGGAAACUGACAGACUGUAAUGCUUAUGCCUUCGUGUCUUUGUACCAGAACAUCCUUGGAGAGAAGGUUCCAGAUUAUAUUGCAACUCCAUGCAGUCAGGAGGAUGAUGUGCACAACGUUCAGUCUGUGAUUGAUUCCCUGUCUUUGGAUUACCUUCAGAUCAGCCUCUCUCACAUUACAGGAGAGAAUGUUGUCAGAGGAGAUAAAGAGUCGAUCAAGAACCUUCUGGAAAUAUUCGACGGUCUCCUUGAAUAUCUCAAUGAGGAGAUAAAUGAGGAAUCGCAGAAUAGUGACGAAUUAAAUGAUGCUCUGAAUCAGGGUGAACUGGUUAAAACUAAGGAGCUAAAUGAUGCUGAUGUCACGGAGGUGGAAGAGAGAAACCAGCUGGAAUCGGCUACACUCAGUUCAGAAGCUGCGGCCCAAUCCAGCCAUGCUGAGGAGGCGGGGUCGGCCAGUGAGCUCAUGGGCCUGGGCGUGUCGGAGCACACCUUUACAAAUAAACAAGAAGAGGCGGUAACACAUCCAUCCAUCAUGGCGGCUGGUGUAACACGUUGUUUCACAGCAGGGCCGCCAGACCCCCCCCAGCACUCGGCCGUCCCACUGCAGCCACCCGCUCAGUCUCACAAACCCCCCGACCCAAACCCCCCCCACCAACCUCCCACAACCGCUGACCUCAGACGACCUGCAGAGAACUCCUCCCCCAUCCCAGCACAGAACUGUAAUCUGCUGGCUGAGGUCAUCGAUGACGGAAUAUCGUCUCCUGCGACCUGCCGGUCCCCUGCUGAAAGUGUGAAGUCUGUAACCAGCCAGCAGAGAUCAGAGCCAGAGGAGGAAACUCUAGAGCCAACAAACGGAGGUCCGAGGAGGGUCUUAUUCCGCACUCAGCCGGAUGUGCUCCUCCUCACCCUGCAGGAGGAGAGGACCACCACCUCCCCGUCUCCACCGGACACUGAAGAGGACGAGGAGGAUCUGAGUUACAGGAGACGAUCUGAGGACAGAGGAGCAGCUCACAGGAGUGGGACCAACAGGACCGACCUUCGCAGCAGCAGGAAGACACGGGAGGCUGCUGAGGAGCCGUUGUCCCAACGCAGAAAAAAGAACAAGCAGACCGAGGAAGAGCUGCACCACAUGUCAGAGAAGCUCGCCCAGCGCCUCGAGGAGCUGGAUCAGAUGCUCAAACGAGUUCUGGGUGAAAGUGACGACUUCAGUGAGACCAGAGAAGAAGACCAGCAAACCAGUGAUGUCACCACAGCAUCCCAGGAGACUCCUAGACAACACACAGAAACGCCUGAUUCCAGCCAGCAGACCAGCUCUUCAUCUCCCUCUCCUCCACCAGAUCAUCGCUCCUCCUUCCACGACCAGUUAGAAGACGGAGAGACGUUGAGACAAACUAGAGUGUCUGAUCAUUCGAGACGAGGAGAGUUGCUCCACAGGGAACACAACCAGAACUACGAGGACGAGUUGAGAGGUUAUGAGGAAAGAGAGGUGGAACUGUACACGGCGCGCCUCAAAGCUCAGAAAGCUGAGCAAGACUACAGAAAAGCCAUACUAGGAGAUGUCUCCCAAACGUCCCGACCGUCUCCACCCAGACCGAAGACUCACCCGAAGACGCAUCGUUGCUCAGGUGGACCGAAGCGUCUAGAAGCCUCCAGGAGAACCUCAUCCUUGAAGAUAAAAAAGAACGACCUCCUCCCGGUCCUGAGGGAGGAGUUGCCCCACCUUCACAUCUCCUCUCAUGCUCUGGGUCGGUUGUGGGAUCAGCAAAUGCAGCAGGUGGACCGGCUCCACGCCCUCUCCUCCUCCUCACACAGUCGGCAUCGUAGAAAGCUCUCCGGUCAGCUGGAGGAGGCUCAGAGGAAAUACGACUUGCUGGUGGAGCUCAACCGUAAAGACCAGGACCACAAGAACCGGCUGAGGGAGUUUAAGGAUCGAGUCCAGCAGCAGAAGUUCGUUCAGAACAAACUGAAGGAGCAGAAGCAGCAGACGGCUCGGGCUAAAAAAUACUACAACGAAUAUCACGUUCAGCAUCGCGCCCGACUGAUGAAGGCUCGCACCAAGGAGGAGAGGAUGUUCCAACAGCUAUUUGAGGAAGGUCUGCAGCUUCAGAAGCUCCGGCUGAGAGAGCAGAGAGCGUACGCCAGGGAGCAGCAGCUGGAGCAUCAGAGACGACGCCAGGAUCAGAUUGAGUCCUUGGAGAACUACUACAAAGACCAAUUUUCACUGAUUGCUGAGAAACUCGCCCAGGAGCGGGAAGAGAUCCAGGUCCGACAAAAGGCUCAAGAGAAGGCUCUGCUAAAGAUGAAACACGAGCUGCGUUCCCGGAUGGAGCGUGAAAUCAACGAUCUGCAGAAAAUAAUCAUUCAGAAUGACGAGGAAGACCAUUUCCAAGAGCUGGAGGUCCAGAGGCUUCGUAACCGGAUCCACAUGGCCUCCUUCCAGUACAACAGCGGCUAUCUGCACUGACACAACCAGACCCAUUUUGGUGCAUCUUCAUCAAUAGACUGCUAAACUAAACAGACGGUACGAGAGUCAGACGCUCAAACUGUAGUUUACUCAGGCAUCUUUUUUUUUCUAGAGAUUUGCACAGGAAGAGAAAUGUGAAUGUGUUAAUGAUUUAAAAACAGAGAAAAUGUAGCUUUUGGCUACUUUAGCUAACUCUUCCUCCCACCUCAGCUGCUACCCCUGAACUGAAGACGCAUUGGACCAAGUCCCUUUCCUCCUCGGGUUUUUAAGAACUUGAUAAAUAAGAAUGUUUCAACUGUGAUUGCAGUAAUCGUGUGCUUUUAUUCUAGAAUUGUCGAUCGCUCUCUUGCCAAAUAAGGACCACAUAUGCAAAGUUGUGAUUAACCCUAACUUUUUUGCUCUUUUCCAUGUCUUCCUUUUACAACUCCAACCAUGCAAGUGGAUUAUUUAUUUAACAGUUGGUUUUUAGUCUUGUGAUUUUUAAUCUCCAGUGGUGAUUGUCUGGGCUGUAAUGAGUUUCUUUUAACCUGCUUGGUUGUGACUUUUCUACUUCUGACCAAACCUUCAAAGUGAACAAACUUAAACACUACUUGUGAUUAAUGAGUGAACGUGUUCCCUCUAACUCCAUUAAAUGUGUGGAAUCAGUUUAAA